AUGUUCAAGAACAAGAUUUUUGUAACAAGCCAACCCGAUGGAAACACAUUGCAGUUUGUGAAAGAUAUAUUCGCAGCAUCAAAUAACAGGGAUUUUCCUCAAAAGCUUGUCGACACCAGAUUAAAAGACACCAACGGCGACCUUGUAGGUGUGUGUAUACCUUACGAGAUUGAUACAAAGUACUAUACAGCAAAAGUGGAUUUUUGGCUGGACGAGAUUGACAAGGCAACCCAAAAAGAGACAAUUAAAGCUUACUGUGAAAAGGACACGGAGAUAAGCAAAGUCAUUGACGCUUUUGUGUUCAUAUUUGACAAGAAUGAGCCAUCGUCAUUCAACACAGUAAAAGAGUGGUUACCUUUUCUCGAUCAAGCAGAGCCAGGCAUUCGUUUAUGUAUUGGCAGCUCAUCAAAACAACCGUUGGAUAUGGAAGUGGAUGCAGAAAUCAAUGACUGGUGUCUCUCGAAUAGCUUUGACUAUGUUGAUAUGGAUGAAAAGACAGAUAUCCCGAUGGACAAAGUGGGUAUUGAUCUAGCCCUGGAGAUUAUACAGACCAAUUUCUGGGAUGGUAUGGUGAAGAAGAAUGUGAGCGGUGUUGCCGAGGAUGAGGACCUGCUGAGCGAUCUACGAGAAUUAAAGCUAGCACACGACAGAGAUAUUUUGAAGCUGGGCGACGAGGAUAAUGAGGAGGUUGAGGACAUGCCCUCGCAACAUGAGAUUGACAAGAUGAGAGACGAAUUGUUUGGAGAUAUUGAUGGAGAGGAUGGAUUGGAUAAAGCAUUCGAGGCGAUACAAGCAAUGAGGGAGCAUGGCAAGAAUCUCUCUGAUGAGGAACGACGCAAAAUGGCAGCACAAGUCGCUCUUUCAUUUGCUGCUCAACUUGGAUUGUAG